AUGGACUCGCCCCUCGCCCUCAUAAUUGCGAUUGUCGCAUUGCUGAGCACUGUUUCCGUCGCAGAACAGCAACAGCUACCACAUCGACAACCUCAGCAAAGCUCACCACGGUUGGCUCCAUACCCACGAAAGUCGGCGCAGUCCAUCUGCGAGCAGACAUACGGUCCCGGGUCGGUCGCCUGUGGCGAUGUUACAGCGGCCAUGUGCUACAACCCGAGCAUAGGACAGUCCUGUUGUGUUGACAACGGAUUCUGUGACCGUGGCAAAUACUGUGCGCCAGUUCCCGGGUACUGCUGUCUUGAUACCGAAGACCUCCGGGCAUGUGCCAAAAACGCGGGCUUUGAGUUACCAGUAUCACUCCAGUUGCGCGCCUCCACCGCAUCGCCAGCAACGACAUCGGCCGAUAACAGCAGCAGCGGGGGCACACCGUACAUACAAGUGUCAGCCGUAGCGCGCCAAGAGCAGUGGACACUGGUGUGGAUGAGCCUGGGCAUCUGUAUUGUGGGCGUGAUCAUGACGACGUUUUGA